GCAAUCGCGAGUGGCACCCUUUGUACUUUUUGCUUUCGAAGUAGAAUUUUGGACUUGGACCCCUAGAGGCGCGGUGAUUACAAAGUCAAAUAAUUGUCUUCGAGCCCCACGUUCUGCGGCUCUUUCUCUUGUACGAGUCGCCCAACGUCACUGGGCAGGGCAAAUACGAUAGUCGAUCCUGGAUCAGGCUUCCCGCGUGAAACCCCCUCAACCACAACUCCUGCCUAAGACCAAACAACACCAUUCUGCAGAUUCUGUUUGGCACCGGAUUCUUGCAACUUUACGCUUCUUCAACAUGGAGGCCAUCAGAGGGGUCUUCUUCCGACCGGACCCUCAAGCACAGGUCAGGAAAUGCAAUCAGCUCAUACGCCAGAAUACCCGCAAGCUUGACCGGGACAUUGCGAACAUGAAAAUCGCGGAGAACAAAGCCAAAACCUUCAUAGUCCAAGCAAACCGACGAGCGCAACGAAACCCCUCCCAGGCUAAGCAGGCUGAGAAGGAUAUCCGGGUCUUUGCCAGAGAGCUUGUACGGUCACGAAAACAGACUCAGAGACUUGUCACAUCCAAGGCGCAGCUGAACAGCGUUGCUAUGCAGGUUACGGAGGCAUUUGCAGUGCGCAAGAUUGAGGGAAGCAUUCGGUCGAGCGUGGGAAUCAUGAAAGACGUCAAUAGCCUCGUACGGCUGCCAGAAUUGACGGGCACCAUGCGAGAAUUGAGUCAAGAAUUAGUCAAAGCAGGCAUAAUUGAGGAAAUGGUUGGGGACAGCCUUCCAGAUGAAUUAGAGGAAGAGGACGACGAGGUAGAGACUGAGGUCGACAAGGUGCUUGGGGAGAUUCUACAAGAUAAGAUGUCCAAGGUUGGGGCUACUCCUACGACUCCUAAACCGGUACAACAAGAACCCGUCGCAGAAGACGAAGACGAAGAGGAUGCGGAGGCUAUGUUAGAUCAGAUGCGUGGCCGCUUGGAGGCUCUGAAGAGCUAGAGCAGAGCCAGAGGUUAAUAACGGCUUUCUGUUUUUGUAUGCCUGGAGUUUGGUUGGGCUGGACGUCAUUAAGGCACAAUUUCGAGCUUUGAGAGAAUUGAUUUGGCUCCAUGGAGCAUAUCAGAAACAAACCACGGUUGGAAACCUGAUGGCCUUACUCUUACCACGGGAAUCAGAUCGCUC